ACACCAGAAGAAGAGGAGUGAGCGGUAACGUAUUUCUACAACACGAGGAGAGUUUUUUGCGUUUACGAAUCAUUAAAAAUUCACUGGUGGAUUUGCUAAACAUGUCCUCUGACUAUCAAAGAAAGUGGAGACGUCGAAGGGCAAGAGUUGAUGCCUUAGCGGAAAAGGACAGCAGCUCAGAAUCCGAGGGGACAGUGGAGCCUGCCUUGGUGGGGGAGGAGAACCCCGUCAUGGAGGACCCAACACUUGACGAAUUACAUGCUGUGGCGGGCUGUAGUUCUUCCAUUGUCACAGCCGCAGAGAACAUGAGCAGUGUUGAUGAAGAAUACCAUUAUGACAUCAGUUCUUCAGAUACGGAGUGUGAACAGUUGGAUGAGACUUCACAGCCCAUUGUUGAAACACCAUCUCUUCACAAUGACUUGGCUAGUUGGGCUACUGCAACAAAUCAGACACACAAGGCAAUAAAUGAUCUUCUUCAUGUGCUCAGAUGUCAUGGCCAUACCCUUCCCAAAGUUGCUAGAACCCUUCUAGAUACUCCACAAGGAGUGCCAAUUGAAAAUAAAUGCAAUAGGCAAUACAUUUACUAUGGCAUUAAACGUUACCUUCUUGAACAUUUAGCGAAAGAGACACUACCAGGACAAGUUGCACUUUCCUUUAAUGUAGAUGGCGUUCCAUUAUUUAAAAGUAGUAAAAUGUGCUUUUGGCCCAUUCCUGGCCAAAUUCAAAACAGACAGCCAUUCAUUGUAGCACUGUAUUAUGGAUCCAGCAAGCUUAGCUCUGUUGAAGACUUCUUACACGAUUUCUUGGAGGAGUUGCAACAACUUAUCCAAAAUGGUGUUUCCUGCCAGAAUUUGAUUCACACAGUUACACUGAAGGCCAUCAUCUGUGAUGCACAAGCCAGGUCAUUUCUCAAAUGUAUUAAAAGUCACAAUAGUCUGCAUGGAUGUGAGCGAUGUGUUGCAGUAGCACAAAAGAUCGAGGGAAGGGUAGUUUACUUGACAAAGGGGCCUUCUGAAGAAAGAAGAGAUGAUGUGUUCAGCCAUGCUGGAUACCCUGACCAUCAAAAACAGAUAUCACCUCUUACUAAAGCUGGUAUUUUGUGUGUUAAGCAGUUCCCCCUAGACUACAUGCAUCUGUUAUGUCUUGGAGCCAUGAAAAGGAUGCUGAUCUACUUGUGGCGUGGGCCAGUCACAUGCAGAUUGAGUAAGGCUCAGAGAGAGCAAGUAGAAAGGAACAUAAGUCAACUGAAGGGAGCUUUGCCUGCAGAGUUUACAAGGCAGCCAAGAAGUAUGGAAGAAUUAGACAGGUGGAAAGCUACAGAGCUUCGUCAGUUCAUGCUCUACACAGGACCAGUAGUCUUAAAGGAUGUGCUUCCUGAAGACCAGUAUCAUCACUUUCUUUGUCUUAGUGUUGGUAUGAACAUUCUUUUGGAGGAAGCGGAUGGGAAGAGAGAGUCCUAUCUAGGUUACGCACACAACAUUCUGGAGCACUUUGUGGAUAACUCUGUGGGUUUUUAUGGGCCCACCUUUCCAACAUAUAACAUUCAUUCCAUCAAACACUUGUCAGAUGAUGCUACAAACUUCUGCAGCUCUUUGAACCAUAUUUCAUGUUUUCCAUUCGAGAACCACUUACAGGUCAUCAAAAAAACUGGUGAGAAGUGGCAAACAACCUCUAGUGCAAGUCACGAAAAGACUUGCUGAAAGACAGUGUACUGAAACACAUGCCACAAGUCAAUCUGAAAGGCCAACCAAGAUAACAGCAAAGAUGCCUGACAACUGUGUACUCUUGAUGGACAAUGCAGUGGGAUUUAUUCGAGAGAAAAGAAAUAAUGGAACACUAAGCAUAGAUGUCUUCAGGGAAACUGACUGUGACAGUGUCUUUGAAAAGCCAUGCAACUCAAAGCUCUUAAACAUCAUGUUUGUUAGCAGUGACUCGACAAUGGCAAAGCGAAUGUUGGUAAACAAAGGAAGUGUCUACAAAAAGGCUGUGUGUCUCGUACAAACAGGGUUACGCUAUAUUCCCUCAGCUGCACAAACCAGAAUGACUUGAUUUGGUAAUGGACAAUAGGGGAGAAGCAAAAAGGACCAGAAAGAGGAAAGUCUUCCGUGACUUUGUUAACGACUUGGACCUUGAAAAUAACAGUGAAAUGACUGAUAUUGACAUUACACAGCUCAGUCAGAGUCCUCUGCCAUACAAAAAACGUAAG